CUCCGACAAGCUGGAAUUUUGUUUAGCCUUCCCCUUUCGUCCUCUUUGGUUUUGGGACUGUCUCAAGCAUGUUUUCUCGUACCUCUUGCAAGAUUUUAAGUGAUUAUCUUCUUCUCGAAGACUGUUUCCGCGUCAAACCGAUCCACCGAGGAGAAAUUAGAAGAAGAUUCAGCAGCAGCAGCAACUCCGAGAUCUUGAGCUCGAAUUUUUCAUUUACAAAGGCGCCUUGUAUGCAGCAUUGGCGUAAAAACUGGGAAAACCAGAGAAGAAACCGAUUGACAUCGAGUACUUUUGCUCAAGCAAUUGGGUUUUGGCCUAACCGUAGAGUCCAGCUCUGGUUAGAGACAAUCGGAGCGUCAGAGCCAUUUUCAGGCAACGCAGCCACGUGUUGGACCAAUUUCAAAGAGAAAGAAGCACUCAAAAGAUACCACGCAAUAACAGGACAUUACUUUCUCUUGCCUGAAUUCGUAGCCUUAGAAGAAGAAGAUGAUGAUGUAAACUGGUUAGGAGCUUCGUCUGAUGCAGACAUUCUCGUGGUGGGUAAAGAUGGGUCGUGCUCAAAAGGCGUGCUCGAAGUGAAAUGUCCUUUUUACGACGGAGAUAAAACACAGGCUUGUCCGUGGAAGAAAGUUCCUUGGCACUAUGUUCCACAAGCUCAGGGUUUGAUGGAGAUUAUGGAUAGAGAUUGGUUGGAUUUGUAUUGUUGGACUGUUAAUGGGAGUAGCUUGUUUAGGAUUGAGAGAGAUUCUGUGUUUUGGGGAGAUAUGAAACUAACGCUUGUUGAUUUCUGGGAGAAGCAUGUUGUUCCUGGGAGAGACAAGUUUAACAGCUCUCUUGUAAUAACAGAUCCUUUAGUUGAGCUGAUAGAUUUUGUGCCUGAAUCUAGACAUGAAAGGUGUAAUCAGAUUUUGCGUGGAACUGAGAGAAUUAUGGAUAACUCUAGGUGUUUGUAUUAUGAAAGGAUUAAUGAGCGAAUGUAGAUUGUUAAGUACAGUUAAGUA